CGGCUUGCAGGGGAAAGGCUUGGGGUAGGGGGCCUGGGACAGCCGGGGCACCGCUGCUCCAGGUCUGAGUCGUGUCUGGGGCCAGUCACUUCGGCCGUUCGCCUCCUAAUCGAUGCUGGCGCCCUCAAAACAGCAGCUACUGCGCGCUCCUAUAUACUUGUGAAUACAAAUAAACGGUAUACAUACAUAGCCACGGUUAGUAUACUUGUUUCGCGAGGAGUUUGUAAUAAGACGAGUCAGGGAAGGCCGUGUCUCCCUGCUUACAUGAACUAAUGUCCACUAAAACUUCUCAGCAAUCCCAGCCGCAUGCACAGCCAGCGAUGCCGGCAAAUGACAGCCGGGCUGAUGUAUGGCUGAUGGUGGCACUCGGUGGCCUGGUUCUAUGGAGGCGACGCUGCCUGUCGACUCAGCUGCGGGAAAGCGCCGAGAGAAUUGCGCUGAAGGCAACCCAGAGGGCGGCGGCUGGACCCCUGACACUGACCACAGAGGAGAUGUGCCUGGAGUCGUGCGUGAAGAGUCCGGGCGACUGGGAACUGGAACACCUGCAAGUGUUCGGCGCUGACCCGGCAGUGGUGGAGCGCCUGGACAGCGAGGUGGUGCGGGCGCUGCAGCAGCCCGAGCUGCUGGGGCGGCUGGGGCUGCAGCACCUGGCGCUCUGCGACGCGCACAUGCAGCCGCCCUACCUAGUGCUGCUCCAGGGACCGGCCCGCACCGGCAAGAAGUCCAUGGUGCUGGAGCUCGCGCGCACAAACGGCAUUACCGUGCUGCACCUGGACAAGCACUCGCUCGAGGCAGCCCACAAGGCGGCGUGCUGCUGGGGCGCGCUCGGCAGCUGGUGGUCCGGCGGCGGCAGCGUGGUGGCGGCCGCCUUCUCGCUCGCCAAGAAGCUGCAGCCGUGCAUCAUCCUGCUGGACAACCCGCUCGGACUGCCGGCAGCCAUGCUGGCGGUGAUCCGUGCCGAGGUGAAGCGCCUGCGCGCGGCGCCGCACAACUGGUCGCAGGAGCGCGUGUCGGUGGUCAUGACCAGCAGCGCGUCGCUGCCCCCGCAGCUGCCGGCGUACGUGCCGGCCUGCCACCGAAUUCGUGUGGCUCUGCCGACGACUCAGCAGCUGGGAGCCAUGCUGCACGGCUUCCUGCGGCUCAUGCAGGCGGCGUACCAGCAGCAGCAGCAGCAGCAGCAGCGGCAGCGGCAGCAGCAGCGGCAGCCGCACCCAAAGGCCGGAGGCGCGCUGCUCGGUGGCGGCCCCACCCCGCAGCCGCAGCUGAUGGCAGCGCUGGCGAACUACGAGGACGCCGCGGCCCGCGGCGGCGUGGCGGGCGGCCCGCUGGUUCCUGCCGGCGGUGACGGCGGCUUCGGCGCUGAGGUGCACCAGUACCUGCAGUCAUUGCAGGGCCGCACCGCGCCGCACGUGAGGUGGCUGGCGCUGCGGGCGCGGCUGCGGGCGGCGGGUGCCGACGGCGCGGAGGCGCAGUUCCAGCCAUUGACGCUGGCUCACCUGCGGGCGGCGCUGCAGGACCUGCUGGCGGAGGAGCACUUGCAGCAGCGGUCGUGAUUAUUGUUGGUGCCGGAGGGCUGUUCAUCGCUGGAUUUGUAUGGGAAGUGGCUGUUACUGGCAGGCGCCUAUGUAGCCUGAGUGGUCGUCUGUCCUAACACAACACAUGCUUCGGCGUGUGGGGACGCGGCAUUGGCGAGGGCCACGGAUGGCCCUGUUACCGUGGGGGCAUGUCGCACCCGUGGAGGGCACUGUAGCUAGGUGCGCCUGGCGCACGUGCACGAGACGGCAUACUAUUAACUUGUUACAGGAGUAAUUUGGGUUGAGCAGGGUGGGGAUGGCAUGCGAAUCUGGCCACUGACUCUGGCGUGCUUUGGCCGGGCGCUGGCUGACAGGCGAUCAAAAUCAAACUGGGUUGCCGGGUUUCGUUGCAUUUCCGUUGGGGUACAAAAGCAGUCAGUGAGGACUGAGGAGCCAUGCAGGAAUGAAGGCCGGGCGAUGGGCUCUGCGGUACCGGUAACGGGUAACCCCAUGUUGGCUGACGCACCCUGAGCUGCGGCGGGACCCAUCCAAGCAAGGGGCGUGAGUGGGCCGAUUGUGAUGCCGGUAUGCAGGAUGGACGACGCUACUUGACUUGCCACUCAAACAGUGUGCAUCUGCAAAGUCCAAAUUAUCCAUGCUCACACCGCCCGAGCUUCUCACGGCCUCACCUUUUGCUUGCAGCCUUUGCACCAGUGUGUCCGCCCGCGUGUCAAUUCCUGACAGCGCGGGUUUCCCCAGUUUCCCCAAGCGUGUUUGCUGCGGCUAACUCAUCGCAC